AUGUUAAGUCCGUUGUCUGUGGCGCUUUUGGCGCUACCGGCGCUUCUGCUGUACCUAUAUUCGGCACUGAGUUAUCGCCGGUUGAAGCAGUACGCCCAUUUCCCUCAGCCGAAGCCUGGAGUGAUAUGGGGCCAUCUCAAGGCAGUAAACGAAUUUCACCUGAAACGCGAUGAGAAGGACGCCCAACUGGAUCCUACGAUGGGAGACAUGCUCGAGGCAAUCGGGAAUCCUCCUAUCAUGCUUCUCGAUCUUCGUCCUGUCAGCCGACCUUUGCUUGUCAUCCGCAGCCAUGAAAUUGCGGAGCAGGUGUCGAGGCAAUCGAAGAUGUGGCCUUUCAGCGCACCGAAAUCCGACACUAUGAUGUAUCUGACGCCGAUACUGGGUGAGAGGUCUAUUGUAAUGUCCCAAGGCUCGGGAUGGAAAGACAUGAGGAAACACUUCAACCCCGGCUUCGCUCCCCAACAUCUCAUGAGUUUGAUGCCAGUGAUCUUGGAAAAGACAAAGACAUUCCUUGCCAAACUCGACGAACUCGUUGGCACAGGUGAUGACUUUGAACUGGAGCCACUAUGCACUAAUCUGACUUUCGACAUAAUUGGCGCCGUGACGAUGGACGUUGAUCUUGGCGCCCAGCUUCCCGAGGAUCAACAGGGAGACUUCAUCAGGGGUUACAAGGAGUUCUUAAUCUCUUACAAGGAGGGCAAUGGUAUAUUUAAGUGGUUGGAAAACCCACAACUAGGCAGGAAACGAAGGAGACUUGCCAAGUCUUUAAAUAUGUUCCUAGAGGAUCUCAUUCGUCGCAAGUUUGAUGACGUUCAGCAGGACAAGGGGCUGUCGAGCCGAAGCAUUUUAACCCUCAGUCUAAAGGACACUCCUGUCCUGACGCAGGACAUCAUCGAUGGUACAAAGGAUCAACUCAAGACGUUCAUGUUCGCAGGGCACGACACCACCAGCAUCCUUUUGCAAUGGUCCUUUUACGAGCUAUCGCGGACUCCUCGAGCAAUGAAGAGCCUUCGAAACGAAUUGGAGAGCCUAUUCGGCCCGGACCUGAGCCCCGAAGUCGUCCGGGAAGGUCUGCUUACCAGAGGGGAGGAAAUCACCCAGAAGAUGACCUAUACCUCGGCAGUCAUCAAGGAGAUUCUACGGUUGUACCCCCCAGCCGGGACAGCACGCCUUUGCCCCCCGGGCGCAAACUUCCACCUGCAGCUACCCGACAAUAGCAGCGUCUGCGUCGACGGCUUGGUUCUGUACAACUGCGCAACUCUCAUCCAGCGAGAUCCAGACGUCUACGGAAGUACCAAAGAUGAUUUUGUGCCUGAACGAUGGCUUGGCAAUACGGACACGUCGAUGGCCACGAACGAUGACGAAAAGAUGGGCAUCGGCAAGGCUGGUGAGAACGAGAUACCUGCCGCGGCGUGGAGACCUUUUGAGAGAGGGCCUAGGAACUGCAUCGGACAGGAGCUUGCCAAUAUCGAGGCCAGAGUGAUUCUAGCUAGUGUUGUGGGCAAGUACGUGUUUGAAAAGGUCGGCUUGGGGGAGGCUACGCUGGAUGAGAAGAACCGCCCCACCAUCAACGAAAAGGGGCAAUACAAGUCCAACACACAGCUCUAUAAUACGAGACAAAUCACUGCCCGUCCGGUUGACAACAUGAGGGUUCGGGUAAGGCAUCUGGCCUCACAAAGAGUUUGA